AUGGCAUACAAGUACACGGCACAGGAACUCGAUUCGUACCUCGAAUUCGGUGUCCGUCUGGCCCAGUUGGCAGGACCCGUCAUCCUCGAAGGCUUCAACUCCCGCUUUUCGCCCGAACGCAGCGCGCUCCUCGUCAAAAAGGGCAACACCGCCGACCUCGUCACCGAGUGGGACCAAAAGGUCGAAAAGAUGGUCCGCGCCGAGAUUGCCGACAAUAUGAAGGAUCACUCCUUCAUUGGAGAGGAGACUGUUGCUGGAGGAGAGGAGUGUAGACUGACAGAUGCCCCUACCUGGAUCGUUGACCCCAUUGAUGGCACUACUAACUUUGUCCACGGGUUCCCCUUUGUUGCUAUUUCGAUUGGCUUGACGAUCAACCAGGAACCAGUCGUGGGAGUUAUUUACAACCCCAUUUUGAACCAACUGUUCACGGCGGUCAAGGGACAGGGGGCGUACUUGUCCAAGAUUGACGAGAACCCCAGGACACAGGGCAAACGCCUGCCGCUCUCUCACCCUCACCCUGCUCCCCCACUGCCCUCGCUGUCGAUGGCUCUCGUUGCUGGUGAAUACGGAUCAGACCGCAAGACAGAGGUGAUUGAUCCCAAGGUCAAGUCGAUGCGCAACCUCUCUGCCAGAGAUCCCUCUUCCCUCGCCCCAGGUCGUCCUGUUGGUCACGCCCAUGGUAUCCGUUGUCUUGGAAGUGCUGCCAUGAACAUGAUGGCUGUUGCCCAGGGUCAGAUCGACGUUUACUGGGAGGUCGGCUGCUGGGAAUGGGACGUGUGCGCGGGAGUCAUUAUUGUGCGUGAGGCUGGCGGAGUGGUGGUGGAUGGAUGCGGUCGUCAGGUCACGGAUGGACAGCUCUUGACUGGACGUCGCUUCUUGACGAUCCGCGGAUGCUGUGGCGAGGAUGGCAGCACCACCCCCGAGGCCUCAGCUGCUGCCCAAAAGAACAUCAUUGAUGAGGUCUGGUCUAUUGUCGAGGAUAUGGAGGCGCCACGCAAGUAG